AAAUAUACCUUCAGAAUAGAUAAAAGUGAUAACGGUUCUAGCAUUCUCUACACCAGGGAUAUGCAAUUAGCGGACAAGAGCUUCUUAAAAAAGGGUCAUUUUAAUAAUCAUUUGAGCACUCACACAGGGGAAAAGCCAUUUAUGUGUUCAGAAUGUGACAAGAGCUUUUCACGAAAGGAUAAUCUUAUUCAGCAUCUGAGGAUUCACACAGAAGAGAAGCCAUAUCAUUGUUCUAAAUGUGAUCAAAAGUUUUCUCACCCUAGUUCAUUCGCUGACCACAAGAUGAGUCACACAGGAGUGAAGCCGUACCCAUGUACUGAAUGUGACAAAUAUUUUUACAGAAAAUCAAAGCUCACAAGACAUCAGAGGAUUCACACAGGAGAGAAGCCUUUCAGAUGUUCAGAAUGUAACAAGUGCUUCUCAGUAAUAUCCAGUCUUUAUACACAUCAGGCGAUUCACACAGGAGAGAAGCCAUAUCAAUGCUCUGAAUGCAAUAAAUCUUUUAUCAAAACAGCUGAUUUUAUGAAACAUCAGAGGAUUCACACAGGAGAGAAGCCGUACCCAUGUACUGAAUGUGACAAAUAUUUUUACAGAAAAUCAAUGCUCACAAGACAUCAGAGGAGUCACACAGGAGAGAAGCCUUUCAGAUGUUCAGAAUGUUACAAGUGCUUCUCAGUAAUAUCCAAUCUUUAUGCACAUCAGAGGAGUCACACAGGAGAGAAGCCUUUCAGAUGUUCAGAAUGUUACAAGUGCUUCUCAGUAAUGUCCAGUCUUUAUAGACAUCAGAGGAUUCACACAGGAGAGAAGCCACAUCAAUGCCCUGAAUGUAAUGAAUGUUUUGGAAAUAAAUCAAACCUGAAAGCUCACCAAAAGGUCCACACGAAAGUCAAGUCUGACUCAACACCUACAAAGGCAUAGGGAAGCAAUUUAGAUGUUCAGAAAAUCCUUAGUACACAUAGAAAAAUAUUUUUGUGAUCAGAAAACUUACAAGAAAGAGGUUGUGUCCUUGUUCUUAAAAAUAAAAUGAUCUCUAAUCAUGGAGAAUAGCACAAAAACGCAAACAUAAGAAAAGGGAGCUAAAUGUUCCAAAUCUGUUUAG